AAAACAAUACGACAAAGGCAUUCGAAGACUCCUUCGUCCUUUUUAUCUUCAUUUCCAAAUAAUUGAAAAAAAGAGGGGGUUUUGCAGAGCAGAACUCUUGCAGCAUUCAAAUUUUUAUUCCUUUCCUCCUCCUUCCCUCCUUCCCACAACGUCAUUUCCAGCUUUUUUCCUCGCAAAAAUCUUAAGGGCGCUGGACCGCCACGCCAAUCGAUAAGGCUAUAUUACGACCCCACCCAAUUCGCCUUUUUCAACCUACACCCACGACACAGUCUACUCCUCCCUCUUUCUUUCGUUGCUUGUACUCCACAACGCAUUAAAGAUGGUUUCAGCCUCCAAAGCAGCUCGUCAGGCCAAGCGUGCCGACGGUGGUGAGAAGAAGAAGACCACCACUUCCAGACUGUCUUCCAAGGCCGCCUCCAAGGCCUCUUCUGUCAACGGUGACGAGCCUCUGCUUGACGCCGAUGGCAACCCCCUUCCCGAGUCUGAACAGCCAGCAACCUCGGCUGCGAAGCUUGAGGGUAUCAAGAAGUUGACCCUGCAGGAAGACGACGAAGGUAUCUCCGACCGUGUUACCACCGGUGUGCUGGCUUCUCUGCCUGCCAGCCGUGAUGCCAAAAUCACUUCCGCUUCCUUGGUCUUCCACGGCAAGGUCCUUUUCAACGACAGCACUCUCGAACUCAACUAUGGCAGAAGAUAUGGUCUUUUGGGUGAGAACGGCUGCGGCAAGUCCACCCUUCUGAAGUCCAUCUCUAAGCGAGAGUUCCCUGUCCCCGAACACAUUGAUAUCUACCUUCUGAACGAAGGUGCUCCCCCCACCGAUUUUGGUGCCCUUGACUGGGUUGUCAGGGAGGCAGAGAACGAGUUGGCUCGUCUUGAGAGACAAGCCGAAGAGGUUCUCGAAAAUGAGGGUCCUGAAAGCCCUAUCCUUGAAGACCUUUAUGAGCGCAUGGAAACCAUGGACCCUCAAACUUUCCACACCCGUGCCUCCUUGAUCUUGACCGGUCUCGGUUUCAACAAGAACACCAUCAACAAGAAGACCAAGGACAUGUCUGGUGGUUGGCGUAUGCGUGUGGCCCUUGGAAAGGCCCUCUUCGUCAAGCCUUCAUUGCUUCUUUUGGACGACCCCACUGCUCAUCUUGACCUCGAGGCGUGCGUGUGGCUGGAAGAGUAUCUGAAGAAGUGGGACCGUACAUUGGUUCUCGUCUCUCACUCCAUGGACUUCCUCAACGGUGUCUGCACCAACAUGAUUGACAUGCGCAUGAAGCAGCUCCUCUACUAUGGUGGUAACUACGACUCUUACCACAAGACUCGCUCCGAGCAGGAGACGAACCAGAUGAAGGCGUACGCCAAGCAGCAGGAAGAAAUUCAGCACAUCAAGAAGUUCAUUGCUUCCGCCGGUACUUAUGCCAAUCUUGUCCGUCAAGCCAAGUCUCGUCAGAAGAUUCUGGACAAGAUGGAGGCCGAUGGCUUCAUCCAGCCUGUGCAGCCGGACAAGGUCUUCACCUUCCGUUUUGCCGAUGUCGAGAAGCUUCCCCCUCCCGUCCUUUCCUUCGAUGAUGUUACCUUCUCAUACUCUGGCAAGGCCGAGGACAACUUGUAUGAGCAUCUCGACUUGGGUGUCGACAUGGAUUCCCGUACUGCUCUUGUCGGCCCCAAUGGUGUCGGCAAGUCGACUCUCCUUCGUAUCAUGACCGGUCACCUUUCCCCCACUUCCGGCAACGUCUCUCGUCACACCCACUUGAAGUUGGGUAUCUACAGCCAGCACUCUGCUGAUCAGCUCGAUCUCACCAAGUGCGCUCUCGACUUUGUGCGCGACAAGUAUGGUUUCAAGUCUCAGGACUACCAGUACUGGCGUCAGCAGCUCGGCCGUUAUGGUCUGACCGGAGAGGCCCAGACCGCCUUGAUGGGUACUCUGUCUGAGGGUCAGAAGAGCAGAAUCGUCUUCGCUCUGUUGGCCAUUGACGGACCAAACAUGCUUUUGCUCGACGAGCCGACCAACGGUCUUGAUAUUCCCACCAUUGACAGUUUGGCCGACGCCAUCAACGCCUUCAGCGGUGGUGUUGUUGUCGUCUCUCACGACUUCAGAUUGCUUGACAAGAUUGCCAAGGACAUUAUGGUCUGCGAGAACAAGACGGUUACCCGAUGGGACGGCAGUAUUGGUCAAUACAAGAACCACCUCCGGAAGAAGAUGAUUGAGAAGGGUGCUGUCUAAUUUAUUUCGAGACAUGAGAUAUGAUGAUGUUGGAGAAACUGCUCAUUAAAAGUCGACACGGACGAUGAUGUCGUCCGUGUGUAUAUCCCUUUAUCUAGACACGCGCCGAGAAUCAUGCGUUGAACAAAUCCGCAUUGGGAUGUUUUAUUUUACCCAGUAGAGGCGUUUAGAUUGAUCAAUUUAAAAAUUGAUGACAUUUUAAAAAAUAAUUUCUUUGCUGAAGCUAG